CCUCGUCGGGUCAGCUAAGCGACUCCCUCCCCGUCGUCCGUCUGAGGAAGGCCGACCCUCCGCCUCCUGCCAGUACGCUAUCGCCGUGCUCGUCGCCGCCUUCGGUGCCUGUGCCCAUCGUCCUCUCCUAGGAUUCGGCGGCCGCGGCCGCGGCCGCUGGGGGAGGGUCUGUUUGGGUGCGGAGAACGGCUGGCGGCGGAGGAGGGGGAAGCGUGGUCGGCGGCGUGGGGGUGGUGUGCCGGGGAGGAGUGGUCGACGUUCCACUCCCAAAUAUAGCCGCCCUGCGCAAUGCUGCAGCUGCCACGAAGUAUCCAUGCGUCCGCCGCCACCACCUCGUCACCCGUCGUCGUCGCGUUGUUGCGACCACCGCCCUUCUGAGGCCGUCGCCGCCUUGCGCUCGCGCCAUGCACCUCCCGCGAGUUCGCCUCCGUCUCUUCUCCACCGCCGCUGCCCUCCUCCGCCCGCCUCCCUCCGGCAUCAUCUCUCACGAGGACAAUGGCAAGAAAGGAUGGCAGCUAGAGCUGGAGCAGCACAUCGCCCGCGGGCAGCUGGACCUCGCCCGCCAGGUGUUCGACGGAAUCCCCGCACCGGACGUGCGCGCCUACAAUGACCUCAUCCGCGCCUACUCCUGGCGCGGCCCCUUCCCCGCCGCCAUCGACCUCUACUGCUGCAUGCUCCGCCGCCGCGUCGCCCCCAACAAGUACACCUUCCCCUUUGUCCUCAAGGCUUGCUCUGCGCUCGCUGACCUCCACUGCGGCCGCGCCGUCCACCGCCACGCCGCCGCAGCUGGUCUCCACACUGACCUCUUCGUCUCCACUGCCCUCAUCGAUCUGUACAUCAGGUGCGCCCGCUUCGGCGCCGCCACCAAUGUCUUCGCCCAAAUGCCCACGAGGGACGUCGUCGCCUGGAACGCCAUGCUCGCGGGCUACACGCACCAUGGCAUGUACGGCCACGCCAUUGCCCACCUCCUCGACAUGCAGACCCGCGCCGGCCUCAGACCCAAUGCCUCCACCCUCGUCUCCCUCCUUCCGCUUCUUGCCCAGUACGGGGCGCUGUCCCAAGGAACAAGCGUCCAUGCCUACUGCCUUCGAGCCUGUCUCAAUCAAAAGGAGGAACGAGUGCUUGUUGGCACUGCGCUGUUGGAUAUGUACGCAAAAUGCAAACACUUGGUUUAUGCUUGCAGGGUGUUUCAUGGCAUGCCUGUCAGGAACGAGGUCACUUGGAGUGCGCUUAUUGGAGGCUUUGUGCUCUACGACAGAUUGGCAGAAGCUUUCAGUCUGUUCAAGGACAUGCUAGCUCAAGGAGGACAGUGCUUUCUAUCUCCAACAUCUGUUGCAAGCGCCCUUAGGGUCUGUGCGAGCCAUGCUGAUCUUCAUAUGGGCACACAGCUGCAUGCUUUGCUUGCUAAAUCUGGGAUCCAUGCAGAUGUCACUGCAGGGAACUCACUUCUCUCGAUGUACGCCAAGGCUGGCUUGGGUGAAGCAACAAAGCUCUUUGAUGAAAUGGCCGUCAAGGAUACAGUCUCUUAUGGUGCGCUUUUAUCUGGGUAUGUGCAGAAUGGCAAUGCAGAGGAAGCAUUUCUUGUCUUCAAGAAGAUGCAAGACUGCAAUGUGGAGCCGGAUUUCGCGACAAUGGUAUCGCUGAUCCCAGCUUGUUCACAUCUGGCCGCUUUGCAGCAUGGGAGGUGCAGUCAUGGUUCUGUCAUAACCCGUGGGCUUGCAUCAGAAACCUCUAUAUGUAAUGCUUUAAUAGAUAUGUAUGCAAAGUGUGGAAGGAUUGAUCUCUCCAGGCAGGUUUUUGAUAAGAUGCUAGCUCAGGAUAUUGUAUCAUGGAAUACAAUGAUUGCGGGAUAUGGAAUUCAUGGACUUGGGAAGGAAGCCACUACGUUGUUCUUAAGCAUGAAGAAUCAAGGUUUUGCACCAGAUGAUGUCACGUUCAUCUGCUUAAUAUCUGCGUGCAGCCAUUCUGGACUUGUGACUGAAGGGAAGCACUGGUUUCAUACGAUGACGCACAAGUAUGGUAUACUUCCAAGGAUGGAGCACUAUAUCUGCAUGGUUGAUCUUUUGGCAAGAGGUGGUUUCCUUGACGAAGCCUAUCAGUUUAUCCAGAGCAUGCCACUGAAAGCUGAUGUUCGUGUGUGGGGAGCCUUGCUUGGAGCUUGCCGGAUUCAUAAGAACAUUGAUUUAGGAAAGCGAGUUUCAAGGAUGAUCCAGAAACUAGGACCUGAGGGAACUGGCAACUUUGUUCUGCUGUCCAACAUAUUCAGUGCUGCUGGGAGAUUCGAUGAGGCAGCAGAAGUUCGAGUAAUACAGAAGGUUAAGGGCUUUAAGAAGAGUCCUGGCUGCAGUUGGAUUGAGAUAAAUGGCUCCUUACAUGCAUUUGUUGGUGGAGACCAAUCACAUUCACGUUCACCUGACAUAUAUCAAGAACUGGAUAAUAUCCUGAUAGAUAUUAAGAAACUGGGUUACCAGGCUGAUACCAGUUUUGUUUUGCAAGAUCUAGAAGAAGAGGAAAAGGAAAAGGCACUUCUUUAUCAUAGCGAAAAGCUAGCAAUAGCUUUUGGUAUCCUCAGUCUUAGUGAAGAUAAGACCAUUUUUGUUACAAAGAAUCUCCGUGUAUGUGGAGACUGCCAUACUGCCAUCAAGUACAUGACCUUAGUUAGGAACAGGGCUAUCAUUGUUAGAGAUGCUAACAGAUUUCAUCAUUUCAAAAAUGGGCAAUGCAGCUGUGAAGAUUUCUGGUGACACCGCCAAAACUGAAGACCAGACCAUUUCAUAAGCUGUUGAGGUGUCUGAGGAGAUUGUCUGAAACUCAUGUCCUAACAUGACAUGUUCCUGAAAAGCCAUGUGCAUUGCUUGCUUCACAGUGUGAAUCUGAGAAAUUAGACAAGAUAUAAUCCAAUAAAUUUGAAAGGAAAAGUUAAAGUGAAGCAAAUGCCAAACUAAGCUAGGGUUUAAGGAAAGUUAAUUUUGUGACACAUGGUGAACAGGACAUGAACCACACAGCUCAUGGUUUGUAGAUUACAAUACAAUGUAUAUAAACCAAGGUAAUAUGGUAAUUAGAUUUAUGAGGGCAUUCUUUUAUUCUA